UUUUUCUUCCGCGUCAUCGAUUGGCCGAGCGCUCUCGUUUCUCGUUUCCGCUGUCAGUGUAGUCGCAAAAGCAGCUCAACUGUCGCGAAAGGAGAGAAACGAUUGACGGCAGGCGCACGAGGGUGCGUCGGCGUGCUAAGAGGAGGAAGCGGACGUCGUUUUAGGCGCUUACAAGGCGAGCGUUCCGGUCCAGAUGCUCUACCUGGUCGGUCUGGGUCUCGGGGAUGCCCUCGACAUCACCGUAAAAGGAUUGCAGGUGGUCCGGAAGUGUUCCCGGGUCUACUUGGAGGCCUACACGUCCAUGUUGACUGUGGGCAAAGACGCGCUGGAGGAGUUCUACGGCAAGGAAGUGGUCCUUGCCGACCGGGAACUGGUGGAGCAGGAAGCCGAGCGGAUCCUGGAGGACGCCAAGGACGCCGACGUGGCCUUCCUGGUGGCCGGCGACCCCUUCGGGGCGACCACUCACAGCGACCUGGCGCUGAGGGCCGUGCGCGCCGGGAUCCCGUACCGCGUGGUCCACAACGCCUCCGUCAUCACCGCCGUCGGCUGCUGCGGCCUGCAGCUGUACAACUUUGGCGAGACGGUGUCCCUGGUCUUCUGGACGGACUCGUGGAAACCCGAGAGCUUCUACGACAAAAUCCUGCAGAACCGAGCCGCCGGCCUGCACACGCUCUGUUUGCUGGAUAUCAAAGUGAAAGAGCAGUCGGUGGAGAGCUUGAUGAGGGGCAGGAAGAUCUACGAACCUCCGCGUUUCAUGAGCGCGGCCCAGGCGGCCGACCAGCUGCUCCAAAUCGUCCGCAGGAGGCGGGACCAAGGGGAGGAGCCUGGCCUGACGGAGGACACGCUGUGCGUGGGCGCGGCCAGACUGGGCGCGGCCGACCAGAAGAUCGUCACGGCGACAUUGGCUCAGAUGACCUCGUGCGACCUCGGCGCGCCUCUCCACUCGCUGGCGGUCGCCGGGAGGCUCCACCCCCUGGAGGCGGACAUGUUGCGGCUACACGCGGCAGACGACGACGUUCUGGCGCGACUCCGCCCGCUUGACGGUUCCUGACCCGCUGACGACGGCCGGGGCCCGCGAACCUCCCCUCCGCCCCCGCCAACUGCCUCAAUAAAUUUGAGGAAAUCGA